AUGGGUCGUGAGCAGGACUUGAUACUUGCAGUCAAGAAUGGGGAUGUGACAGGAGUGCAGAAGCUGGUGGCUAAGAUCAAGGCCGCAAAGACCAAGCUCCUCGGCUCUACAAAGAGGCUCAACGUGAACUACCAAGAUGCUGACGGAUUCUCGGCACUGCACCAUGCCGCCUUGGGGGGCAGCCUGGAACUCAUUGCCUUGUUACUGGAGGCUCAGGCUACUGUGGACAUCAAGGAUAGCAAUGGCAUGCGACCACUACACUACGCGGCCUGGCAGGGUCGGCUGGAGCCUGUGAGGCUGUUACUGCGGGCCUCUUCUGCCGUCAAUGCCGCCUCCAUGGACGGGCAGAUCCCACUGCAUCUGGCUGCCCAGUACGGACACUAUGAAGUGUCAGAGAUGCUUCUCCAGCAUCAGUCCAACCCCUGCCUGAUCAACAAGGCCAAGAAGACGCCCUUGGACCUGGCCUGUGAGUUUGGGCGGCUCAAGGUGACCCAACUGCUACUGAAUAGCCACUUAUGUGUGGCCCUGCUGGAGGGCGAGGCCAAGGACCCCUGUGACCCCAACUAUACCACGCCCCUGCACUUGGCUGCCAAGAAUGGCCACAGAGAAGUAAUCAGGCAGCUCCUUCGGGCUGGGAUCGAGAUCAAUCGGCAGACCAAGACUGGCACGGCCCUCCAUGAGGCAGCUCUGUAUGGCAAGACCGAGGUGGUACGGCUGCUCCUGGAGGGCGGGGUGGAUGUCAACAUCCGGAACACAUACAACCAGACAGCCUUGGACAUCGUGAACCAGUUCACCACGUCCCAGGCCAGCCGGGAAAUCAAGCAACUCCUGCGGGAGGCCUCCGGGAUCCUGAAAGUCCGUGCGCUGAAGGAUUUCUGGAACCUUCACGAUCCCACUGCCCUCAAUGUCCGAGCCGGGGACGUCAUCACGGUGCUGGAGCAGCAUCCAGAUGGCCGUUGGAAGGGCCACAUCCACGAGAGCCACAGGGGCACUGACCGCGUGGGCUACUUUCCCCCGGGCAUUGUUGAGGUGGUCAGCAAGCGAAUGGCCAUCCCCGCCCCCCGCCUUCCCUCUGCACCCACCCCCCUGCGUCCUGGCUUCUCCAGGACACCGCAGCCCUCUGCUGAUGACCCGCUGCACCCCCUCACCUGUGGCCAGCUCCCUCGAGUGGGCCUUAGUCCAGAUAGCCCAGCAGGUGACAGGAACAGUGUGGGCAGCGAGGGCAGCGUGGGCAGCAUCCGUAGUGCCGGCAGUGGGCAGAGCUCCGAGGGUACCAACGGCCACAGCAGCGGCCUCCUCAUUGAGAAUACCCAGCCGUUACCCUCUGCUGGGGAGGACCACCCGCUUCCAGCACUGCACUCCCUACCCCUAGCAGAUGACCUGAACCAUCAUCCUCUGGCCAACUACCGCUCCGGGGAACAGAUCUUCACCCAGGACGUGAGACCAGAGCAGCUCUUGGAGGGGAAGGACGCCCAGGCCAUUCACAACUGGCUGAGUGAGUUUCAGCUGGAGAGCUACACGGCCCACUUCCUGCAAGCUGGCUAUGACGUGCCCACCAUCAGCCGCAUGACGCCCGAGGAUCUGACAGCCAUCGGGGUGACCAAGCCUGGACACAGGAAGAAGAUAGCUUCUGAGAUUGCCCAGCUCAGCAUCGCUGAAUGGCUACCUAACUACAUCCCGGUGGACUUGCUGGAAUGGCUAUGUGCCCUGGGGCUGCCGCAGUACCACAAGCAGCUGGUGAGCAGCGGAUACGACUCCAUGGGGCUGGUGGCCGACCUCACGUGGGAGGAGCUACAGGAGGUUGGAGUCAACAAGCUCGGGCAUCAGAAGAAACUCAUGCUGGGGGUGAAGCGGCUGGCAGAGCUCCGCCGGGGCCUGCAGCAGGGGGAGGCUCUGGGUGAAGGCGGGCGCCGGCCUGCCAGGGGCCCAGAGCUGAUGGCUAUUGAGGGGCUGGAGAACGGGGACGGUCCAUCUGCGGCUGGCCCGCGCCUCCUCACCUUCCAGGGCAGCGAACUCAGCCCAGAGCUACAAGCGGCCAUGGCGGGGGGCAGCCCUGAGCCGCUUGCCCUACCGCCCACCCGCUCCCCAAGCCAGGAGAGCAUUGGGGCGCGCUCAAGAGGAUCUGGCCACUCCCAGGAGCAUCCGACCCCCCAGCCCAGUGGUGGAGACUCUAGCACCCCACAAGAGAGGAACCUUCCUGAAGGCACAGAGCGGCCCCCCAAGCUCUGUUCCCCACUUUCUGGCCAGGGGGCCCCCUCUUAUGUGUUUAUGUACCCUCAGGGUUCGCCCUCAAGCCCAGUCUCAGGGCCACCUCCCAGUGCGCCCCGGGCAUUUUCCUAUUUGGCUGGCCCCCCAGCCAUGCCCCCAGACCCUCCUCGGCCCAAGCGCCGGUCCCACAGUCUCAGCCGGCCUGGCCCAGCGGAGGAGGACGCUGAGGGGGAGGCUGAGGGGCCUGUGGGCAGUGCUUUGGGCAGCUACGCCACGCUCACUCGGAGACCGGGACGCAGCGCCCUCCCCCGGACCAGUCCCAGUCCCACUCCCACUCCCACUCGGGGGGCUCCCCGUAGCCAGUCCUUCGCCCUUCGGGCUCGCCGUAAAGGACCCCCGCCACCACCCCCGAAGCGCCUCAGCUCUGUUUCAAGCCCCACCUCUGAGCCACCUCCACUGGAUGGGAGCUCGGGGCCCAAGGAAGGGGCUGCAGGACCCCGAAGGCGCACCCUGAGUGAACCGGCUGGCCCGUUGGAGCCCCCUGGCCCCCCGGCCCCAGCAGGCCCUGCAUCGGACACAGAAGAAGAAGAGUCAGGGCCUGAGGGGACACCCCCAUCACGGGGCAGCUCAGGAGAGGGGCUGCCGUUCGCCGAGGAGGGAAACUUGACCAUCAAACAGCGACCGAAGCCAGCUGGUCCUCCAGCUCGAGAGACACCCAUGUCCCCCGGCCUGGAUUUCAACCUCACGGAGUCAGACACUGUUAAGCGGAGGCCUAAGUGCCGGGAGAGAGAGCCGCUGCAAACAGCGCUGCUGGCCUUUGGGGUGACCGGUGGCAUGCCUGGCUCCCCGGCUCCCCUGACCUCACAGCCCCCCAGUGAGGACACUACCUCAGUGCCUCUCCCUCCCAGCCCAGACCCUAGCAGCCUUCCUGCCCCCCUCCCCACCAGCCCCAAGUCUGUGCCCCCUUGCCCUGGGUCAGGGCAGGAACACUUAGCAGGCAACCACCGGAAUGGGGAGACGGAGCCCCUGGCCGCCCCCUCAGCUCUCAUCAAGGUGCCUGGAGCAGGAACAGCCCCCAAGCCUGUGUCAGUGGCCUGCACCCAGCUGGCCUUCUCUGGCCCGAAGCUGGCUCCUCGGCUUGGCCCACGCCCAGUGCCCCCUCCGAGGCCCGAGAGCAUGGGGCCCGCGGGCACAGGCAGGGCACAGCAGAGACUGGAGCAGACCAGCUCAUCCCUGGCCGCAGCACUGAGGGCUGCUGAGAAGAGCAUUGGUGCAGAGGAGCAAGCCGGCCCCCCUGGGCUGUCCACCAAGCACAUCCUGGAUGACAUCAGCACCAUGUUUGACGCCCUGGCCAACCAGCUCGACGCCAUGUUGGAUUGA